AUGCCCUCGGUUCCACUUCUGGUCCUCGUGGUCUGCUACCGCCUUGCUAUAGUGUCGCUGAGAGGAAAGCGCAAGCCCGGGCUGCUGGGCCGUGGCAAGAUUUUUGCUGGCUGCUUCACACAGUAUUUCUUUGCCAUCUUUGUUGGGUCAACUGAGUUUUAUCUUCUAGCCGUCAUGUCCUAUGAUCGCUAUGUGGCCAUCUGCAAACCCCUGCAUUACAUGACCAUUAUGAACAACAGGAUAUGUACCCAGCUGGUUCUCUGCUCAUGGUUGGCUGGGUUAAUGGUUAUCAUACCACCAAUCACCCUAAUGAGUCAGCAGGACUUCUGUGCAUCUAAUAAACUGAAUCAUUAUUUCUGUGACUUCGAGCCCCUUCGAGAAGUCUCCUGUUCAGAUACAACUUUUGUAGAGAAGAUUGUCUUUCUUGUGGCAUCUGUGACUCUGGUAGUCACUCUCGUGCUAGUGAUUCUCUCCUACACAUUCAUCAUCAGGACUAUUCUGAAGUUGCCCUCUGCCCAGCAAAGAACAAAAGCCUUUUCCACCUGUUCUUCCCACAUGAUUGUCAUCUCCCUCUCCUAUGGAAGCUGCUUUUUCAUUUAUAUUAAGCCCUCAGCAAAAGAAGGGGAUGCAUUCAACAAGGGAGUAGCUCUACUCAUUACCUCAGUUGCCCCUUCAUUGAACCCCUUUAUUUACACACUAAGGAACCAACAGGUAAAACAAGCCUUCAAGGAUACCAUCAAAAAGCUUGUGAAUCUUUAA